UGACGUUUCUCGCCGCGACGCUACACUUUAGCAGACGAGCUCACCACAAUUAGGGCAUUUUUCCGGAGGAAAGCAGCUUUAUUUGGCUGUAAAAUGCUCAAAAGGAAAUCAAGCAGCGCCGAAAAGAAGCGGAAACACUCGCAGUCUGAAGAGCGACACGACGGCAGCAAACGUAGGAGCGCCGAGUCCGGCUUGGAGGAGUCCAAGGAUGAGCUGGCCGACCCGGAGCUGGACAGGAUCGGCAGCGACAUCGAGGAGGGAGGCCUGGACCUCAGCCAGCCCUUCCAGCCCAUCACGGCGUACGUCGGAGACAAGUGGGAGAUGCUGGAGCAGUGCCUCCAUGUGCUGGGCGAGAAGAAGCUGAGGAAGAUGCUGCCUGACGAGCUCAAGGACUGUAGUUUAGAGGAAAUCAAAACUCUCUGUUGGGAGCAGCUGGAGCCGAUCUCGGAGAAAAACCUGAUUCAGAUCUUAGCAGGGGAAGAGCUGACAGCUGGAAACGGCAACGAAAACUCUGAGGAGACGUCGGAGAGCCAGCAAGACAGUAAUGUAGACUCUACAUCAUGCCUCAAGGAAACGGCAAAAACAGAGGACCCCAAGCACGAAGGUGGAGGCUCAGGGGAGGAGAGCGACGUCCUGAGCAUCAACGCAGACACUUACGACAGCGACAUAGAAGGACCCAAAGAGGAGCAUCCUGUCAAAGCCGCCGAUGUGAAAGUGGGAGACUCUGGAGGGCGAAGCUCCGACGCCAACCCGGAGCCGAAGAAGGACCUCCAGAGCGACAUCGACAGGAGCGUCAGCGAGAUCCUGGCCUUCUCUUCUGGCAAACAUGCGGCCGAAGAGCAGCCGGUGCAGCCCGCCGACGUCGCUUCACCUGCUCAGGCCGCUCAGGCCGCUCCCGCCACCGCCGCCUGUCAGCCGUCGAUUCAGCAACUGGAGCUGCUGGAGCUGGAGAUGAGGGCGAGGGCCAUCAAGGCUCUGAUGAAGGCGAGCGACGGGAAGAAAGCGGCAAAAAACACAUGAAAAACUGUUGACUGUGAGCUGACUCAACGGCUGGCUCAGUGUGAUUUUACUCCACAUUGGAGUUGUUUUAAUGUGAAAUUAAACCAGAUUGUCCUGCAUGCGUUUCCCUCUGCGCCCACUAGAUGGCAGUGUUACUCUGCGUCCAAUCAGUGCAGCAGUGAACCCACGUCAUGGUCAGGAUGCUCUCUGGCUGCAUCAGAAGUCAGCUUCUCUUCAUCAUGGUGUCACUUCCUCGAGUCAACGUUGGAGGAAGUGAGGACGUGUUUUAUUGAGAUCUGAGAACCGAUUCCGUCGCUGCUUCCCUCCACUGAGCUCCUGUUUGACUCGUCACAUCCACGUCUGACCGACAGUCGGUCACAGAUUAGUCAGCUUAUCCACCGGUCGAGGUUGAACUCUGCUCUCUGCCGCGUCCUUCUCAUGUCAUAUUGUUGUCGCUGUAAUUUAUUCUCGAGCUGCUUUGUUCCAGCGUAAACUGAGCGCUUGCAAUUACAUGCAGAUGCAGGAAAGAGAAAAAAAAAAAGCAGCUCAACUUACCCCAAAGGAGACAAUGAAAUGCGUGAUAAGGAGCCGGUUGCCUCCUGGGUAUUUGCAUUUAAAAGGGUUAUUUGGUGGAGGAGGUGAGGGCGCAUUCAUGUGCAGGUAUCGCUGAUGAUGUGAAGAGGAAAAUGUCCACUUUGGUUAAAAAAAGAAAAGAAGAAAAGGGGGGAUACAAAGAUGGCAAAGUGCUCGUGUUGUCAGUGAUUGGCGAGUAUUUAUCGCUGUCACUUGGCUGCUAUUAGAACGCCAAUUAUGAGUCGGUGCGUGCGAACAAAUGGCUUUUUAAGCAGAGCUGAGCGGGCGGGAGGACGGAUCGGCGGAGGUGAGACGAUGCUGUUUUUGUGCAACUUUUUUUUUUUUUUGUCUCCUGAAUUCAAAUGAACCCGACGAACCGCGUCGAAACGUGCGGCUACGACGAACGGCGCCAUUAUCGGAGUCAAAAACAAGGUCGCGCUAAAUGCUGUCGGUUUAAUAGCCGUCGUGUUUUUUUGUCUCGUAAGUGUUUCGACCGAGCCGCUGGUUAGCGAUGCUCAUUAGGGAGUUAAAAACGCCAUCGUCCCCCAAAACUCACAUUAUGUUUGGCGCAGUUUGUCCUCUGGAGAGUCUCACCUUUGCACGAUGUCUUCCCCGUCGUGGUUUCUUUGUUCGCUAAAUACUCUACAGUAGUAGGUUGUGUGCAGCCAUUGAAACGCUUCAUGUACUUGGAAUUUCAGUUGUUUCCCAAAGUGAUUGCGCUUUUAUUGUGGAUUAUUUUAAUUUCCUUGUGUGUUCCUUGAAAAAGAAACCCACAUUUGCAGCCAUAAAGCAUGCUACACCGACAAAAAUGCAAACAUAGAGCUCCAGAAUCAUGACAAACACAAAAAACAAUCAAUGGAAACCGUUUUUGAGCAACUCCAGGAGCAGUCAUGUUGAUUCUGGUUCGUCUUUGAGCCCUCUUUGGUUUGGAUUGGUGCCGUCCUGAGAGUAGGAAUAGUCUGAUCUUCAUAGUUUUCUGCUGUGAACAGGUGACGUUUCUGCUCUACCAAUACAUGACGAGACAUAAGAAGUAAUGUUUAAAAAUACUUGAUUAAUGCAGAAAAUGCAGCAUUUAAAGUCUUAAUUAUGCGAUUUUUUUUAAAUAGAAACGUCAACAUCUGUUGGUAUCUCCACACGUUCCCAUUGGGGAAGUCCAUUUUUAUUGUGUUUUGUGGUCGUUCUAAACAUGGAUACGCAAAAUAAAAGCUGUUACGGUGUGAAAACCUUCACUUGUUCCAUUCUCACAACCCCACAGGAGGCUAACUAGCUGGUUAGCCUCCCAAGCUAACUGAGGAACCAAUGGCCUUCUAGAUAAGAUCUGUACAAUCUUGCCUCCUCGUGUUGCUUCCAGAAGAAAGAUUCAGAACGAGCAGCUGCCUCUCAGUCCAACUGGUUUAUUUAGUUUCUAGAUCUGCUUCUGCUCAACUUGAAAAUGUCUCAACCGUGAGCAAAACUCACCAAAUGUUCUGCAAGAGUGAACACAAGCGUUUUUAUGCACUGCCAGCAUCUGAAGAGCUGAACACCCAGUGGAUUACUGGUAGUUUUGAUGGGAUUGUCGCCAUAGAAAUGGCAAAAAUUCUUAGCACUCGUGCUUGGUAGCAAUCUGAAACCAGUAAACAAGGGCUUGUUGGAUCACUGUAUUGUAUUAGCUGGUGUUUCCUGCUCUCUGUGCUCACACAUACUGCAUUUUAAUACAGCUAAAUUCCCAAUAAACCUGUUUUGAUUUUCGUAUUUUUUCUGUUUAUGUUGUCAGACAAUGGAACAAAUAUGAGAUAGUGAUUGAAAUGCUGGUACACGUUAGCCGAAGGUCACUUCAGAGCCGGUUUGUCUGCAUUGUUGUCUGAUGAAUUCACCAAAUUUUGGCCAAGAAAGUCACGUAUGUUGGCUACUGUGUUGAUGAAUGUCCCGUUGCAGAGCGAGUCUUCUUCCUGUUGCAGCUGCAUUUGAAGCUACAGACAGUUUAGGACAUAAGUUAACCAUCUUUGGAGUGUUUUAAGCUAGAAAAUAAAGAUUUUGAUUAAUUUGUAUAGAAAACUGACACCAUGUGGGACCUUUAAAUGUUGCUGGUGGCUGAUUUUGAGCAAAUGUUGCCGAUUUAUUGUCAGUUUUAUGAGCAGUACUUGGUGUUUUAUUGUGGCGGUGUCUGAUUUGUCAAAUCCCUGCAAGGCAACACUUCCUCCCAAACAGGUGUUUUCACUUGUGGUCUCUAAUUAGUCCUCGUGCUUGACUGAUCUGCUGCAAGAGUGGAACCUUGAAAUGUGAGUACAAAGCAGAAAUGUGACUGUUUUAAGUCGUGCAGUUGUGGAGUCGAUGUAAGAUGUCUACUGUAUGAACUGUUUGUUGUACUGGAGGGUAAAAAAAACACACUUUUGACUUAGAGAAUCCUACAGAUCUGUAUUAAUCUGUGGCUUGAAGCUGCUGCUGCUGCUGAAUAAAUACAACAAACAGG